CGUCAGGGGAGGCUGCGGGCCGGGGGCUGAUCUUCGGGUGGGAGGAGGCGGGGUGGCGGCGCUGGAAGGGGCGGGGGAGCAGGAACCACCUUGCGGCAGCGCGAUGGGCAGCGAGGCCGGCGAGCCGGCGGCCGGCCGGGCCCUGGCCCAGCUGAGCGACUCGGAGCUGGGUGGCUGCAGCAAGGAGGAGCUGGUGCGGCGGCUGCGGCAGGAGGAGGCGGAGAAGCUGGCGGCGCUGGUGCAGCGAGGGCGGCUGAUCCAGGGCGUCAAUCGGCAGCUGCAGGAGCAUCUGCGGGAGAUCCGCGAGCUGAAGCAGGUGAACGAGCGCCUGGCGGCCGAGAACCGCGAGCUCCGCGACCUCUGCUGCUUCUUGGACGACGACCGGCUGAAGGCCAAGCGGCUGGCCCGGGACUGGCAGCUGUUCGGGCAGCAGGCGGCCCGGGUGCUGCGGGACGAGCUGGCCGCCUGCCUGCACAAGCUGGCUGGGCUGGAGGGGCUGCAGGAGCGCCUGGCCGCCGAUAACCUGGAGCUCAAGGCGCUCUGCCUGGCGCUGGAGGAGGAAUGCGCCGCCCGCGCAGACAGCAGCCCAGUCGGCUCCUCGGAGCUCAGCCUGCCCUGCGGGCCCCGGGACCUGGGCGACGGCAGCUCCAGCACGGGCAGCGUGGGCAGCCCGGACCAGCUGCACCUGGCUUGCUCACCCGAGGACUAGAGACUCCCCCAAGGGACCGGGGGGCCAGGACUCACCCUGACUAGAGACCUCCCCGGGGGCCUGCCCCCUAGGACUGGACUCCCUCAAGGGGCCAGGAGCCCCCCUCAGGGGAGCUGCUCCCCAGUGACUUCACCCAACCACCCCCAUCAGAAGGACUGGAGAGCAGAGGAUCCCCCCCAGGCUAUUGAUGGGGGUCUCUCCCCUGGGAUCUGGGCAAGGGGUGCUGCAGAGGAUGCGGGGGGGGGUCAUCUCCUUGAAGAUCCCAGUGCAGACUUUGGGGGGGUAGGGAAGGGAGCUGCUAUCUGUGGGGAAGGUCAAAGAUGCAUUUUGGGUGUCCCCCACCCCCCAAAACAGCAUUUCUCUGGCUUCUUCAGCAACCUCUCUCCCCCCCAGGUGCUAACUCCAACCCCACGGUGUGGUGAGAGCAGUUUGACUCAGGGGAUGGGGGAGAUUAGGGCAAACCCUCCCCAAAAAGAAGUAAAAAUAAUAAAUGUUUUAAAAUUGCUA